GGCGGUGAAAUUUCUAUCACAAAAAAAGUCCAAAAUUACUUAAAGAUUUUCAUCAGCGAAUGAAUAAUCGAUGGAAGAUGACGAAAAAGAUGAAUCCACGGUGGCGAGAAUUGACCCACCGCACCGCCUCUCUUUCCCCAGAUUUUUUUCAGCAUAUCUCACUACAGUUUGUCGGUUACAUCCUUCCCUAACCUUUAUAAACCCUUAAACCUCUCAUCCUCCCGUUUAAUCCAUUUUCUUAACCAUUGAUUAUACACACGAUUAUCUCUCAUCUCCCUAAACUUUAUCAUUUUCCGUUUUCAAAUGAGACCAGAAAAAGAUGGUGUUACCAAACCCACUCCAAUCUCAUUACCCGUUUCGACCCGACCCGAAUCCACCAUACCCGGGUCUCUCUACGUCGACACAGACAUGUGUUCUCCAGUCCCGAUCUUGCAGGGGAAUCCGAUUCCGCCGUUUCUAUCGAAGACAUACGAUUUGGUGGAUGACCCGAGACUCGACCCGGUUAUAUCUUGGGGACUGACCGGAGCGAGUUUCGUGGUUUGGGACCCACUCGAGUUUGCCAGAAUCGUACUCCCUAAGAAUUUCAAACACAACAAUUUCUCCAGCUUCGUCAGACAGCUUAACACUUAUGGAUUCCGAAAGAUUGAUACUGACAAGUGGGAGUUCGCUAACGAGGCAUUCCUUAGAGGCAAGAAGCAUCUUCUGAAGAACAUUCAUCGUCGUCGAUCACCACAAUCCAACCAAACUUGCAGCAGUAGCAGCAGCCAAAGCCAAGGGUCACCUACAGAGGUCGGAGGAGAGAUAGAGAAGCUGAGGAAAGAGCGGCGUGCAUUGAUGGAGGAAAUGGUAGAGCUUCAGCAGCACCACAGAGGCACAGCUCGCCACAUGGACACUGUGAACCAGAGGCUGAGAGCUGCAGAGCAACGGCAGAAGCAAUUGCUUUCUUUCUUGGCCAAGUUGUUUCAGAACCCGGGUUUCUUGGAACGUCUUAAGAAUCUCAAAGGAGGAGGAGGAGGAGGAGCUCUUGGAUCUGAAAAGGCGAGAAGGAAGUUCAUCAAGCAUCAAGAUUCUCCAACAGGAGGUGAGAUUGUGAAGUAUGAAGCUGAUGACUGGGAAAGAUUGUUAAUGUCUGACGAAGAGAUUGAGAACUUCCCACUCUCGAGACAAGAAGGAACCGAUCCGAAAGGCAAGAACUUGAUGAAUCCAUCAGAAGAAGAAGAGAUGAUGAUUCCAGAUAACUUAGUCUCAUUCUCAUCUCCUGCAGAAGUAGAUGCUAUUAUCAAACAAGAAGAGACAUGGAGUAUGGGUUUCGAUGCUACUACGCUGGAUGUAUGGGGAAACACAGUGGACUAUACUGUCUCAGAGUUUGGUUCUGUUGCAGAAACAGCAACUGGUGGUUUGCCUGAUGUAUGUUGGGAACAGUUUGCUGCAGAUUUCAGUUGGCCAACUGGUGAUGAUAAUAUGCCAACAGAUGAUCCUUAAAGAGCUUCCAUAUAGUUUAAACCAAAAAUUGAACUAUUAAUUGAUUAUUUCAUUUUGAAUGCACAUUUAUACAUAUAUAUAUAGAUAAUUAAUGAGUUUGAU